CCGCCACUCGACCGACCGAACCGCGUCUGAGCUGCGCUCGCUCAGUCGAGUUUGUCACCGUGGCGAGCGAACGUGUGUUAUAGUUAAGUGACGUAAACAAUGGCGGCAGUGUCUUCGACUAGUAUUGAUGUUUAUAAAACGAAAAUAAAAGACAUUUUUAUAACACCACUGAAAAAUCUUUCUACAAAACAUACACAUAGUUUUUGCUGGACAGAAUUCGGACAAUUAGCAGUAGAAUUUAAUGGAAAACGGAGAGCUGUUUUAAGUGAACAAGUAUUUGUGGAGUUUGCCUACGAAAUGCAAAAAAUGAAGACGAGAAUUGUUUGUUUUUCAAAGGCCCAAGUGAAAGCUUACUCUAAAGGAAUAGCCACAAGUAAUCUUCUCAGACAUUUGAAAGAUGCACAUGGUGUAGAAGAUACACAAAGGUCGCAGCCUUCGAGCAUAACACAGUUUUUUUCUCCGAGGACUCCGACAACCAGUAGCAGUAGUAAGAGGAGCAGCAAUAAGUGGUCUUUGUCUCGAGAUUUAGCUCUUUGGUUUGCUAGAUCUUUGAUUCCAUUUGACAGUGUGGAAAAUGAUGCAAUGAUUGACUUUUUGAAAAAGUACAACAUUAUUGUUUCCGCCGACGAUUUGCCCUCGAGGCACAACAUAGCACGAGAAGGACUGGAAGAUGUGUAUAAACAGGCACCACGUGUUGAAGCCGCUGCAUCUGCAGCACAAAAUGAUCUGCUUUCUUUUAUUGAAGAAUUCGCGGAACAUGUAGAGGAUGAAGAUAGCGACUCAACCGAUUCUGAAUCGGAAUCAACUGAGAUACCUGAAAGAGCUUUAAGUUCCAGAAAACAUUUGCAGCCCCCUCCUACUAUUAAAACGAGCACAAGCACAAGAUGGCACAGCGUCUUGAUGAUGCUGAAAAGCAUUUCUAACAGUGCAAAUCCAAGUCCUGAACAUUUACAGCCUUACGGUGGAGAUGUUCUGCAAUACUGGAGGGACAAAAAAACUUGUAUGCCAUCAUUAUAUUGCUCUCGCACGAUCAAUCUUAAAUAUACCUGCUACAAGCACACCGAGCGAGAGAGGUCUUCUCCACAGCUGGACUAUGUGAAAGUUGAAGCUGAGUUUGCGUCAUGUCGGUGUCUCGGUUACUUCUGCACAGUCUUCUGGUCAGUGCGUGCCGUGAUGAUGCUCAGCGAUAUGCUUAACCUGCCAAUGGAAUACAACGAUGUGAAAUUCCUGCAACUCGAGCAAAAAUCUCCUCAAUUCAAAAAGCUCAAUCCUAUGGGUACAGUGCCGGUUCUCCAAGAUGGUGACUUUACUAUCUCUGAAAGCCACGCCAUAAUGAAGUACUUGCUCUCUAAGUAUGGAGGUGACAAGCGUGAGUUGCUGUACCCGAGCGACGUGCGCACGCGCGCCGUAGUGGACCAAUGCAUGUUCUUCAACGCCGGUGUCUUCUUCUCUGCUUUUAUGUCAAUAGGGGCCGAGGCCGUGGUGCCUCGUUGCGCUUACUCCGCCACCCUGGACCUGAUGCGCGCAACCUUCACUGGUGGUAUAUUCACGCCGAGCCCCCAGCACAUACAGGACAUGGAGUCCUCCUACUCCGUGCUAGAUGCCUACCUGCAGAACCGGCCCUACGUGGCUACUGACCGACUGACCUUAGCUGACCUCGCCGUCGGAUCAACUGCCUUCACCGCGCAGGUCUUGGUUAAAACGGAUGCUGAUAAAUUUCCCCGCUGCACUGACUGGAUGUCUCGCCUCCACGAGGAAGAAGUAUUCAAAAACGUCAUGGUACCCGGCGUUGCAUACUUCAGUAAAGUCAUCAAUAAACUCUGGGAACACAACAAGUCCAAACUAGAAAAGAAAUAA